CGCGCAAAUGAACUCACUCUUGGUCUCCGACGGAUCUCUGCUGGCUUCCAUGUAGUAAUGACUGACGGUAUCGAAUUUCAAACAAGCAACAAACCUGUACACGUAGACCAGGUGUCGUCGAAUGGAACGAACGGAUGCCUCUGCAUUGAGAAGGACUCAAGGCCCUGCGAGCCAUCUUCUCGAGUUCGAGUCAGCGUAUCCGAUGCUCUGUCAUGGAGAGGUACUCCGCUCAUUCGAGAUGUCCGUUGGAGAAAUCGCAGUGAAAAGUCACGCCUGACAGGUGUUGGCGAGUGUCACAGCUAUAAUCUUACAGCCCAAGCAGGAGGAAGUCGUGUCCCCGUGCAGUUCACUGUUCAUGACAGUUCUUCGCCCACUUACUACCUUCUAAUGACGCACAUUGGACACGGUCUUCUCGCACGAUACCGAAGGACACAGAACACCAGGGAUCUCGACGAAUCCAUAACGCACUUUGAACGCGCGUCUGAUCUUUGUGCCAUGGGUCACCCCUGCCGCCCUGCAGCACUGUUCAAUCUAGCUUCCGCGAAGUUUGUUAAUGACCAAGUCAAUGGAACAUGCCUCGACCUCGACAUCUUCAUCUCUCUUUUUCAAAACGCCUCUGACUUUCGUCCGACUGAUCAUCCUGACCGAUCGAUCACCCAGCUCCAUUUUGCCAUUGCUAUGCUAUCUCAUUUCGCGAAACGGGGAUUUCAAAUGGAUGCUGAUGGAGCUGAACAGUUUCUGAGCAAAGUCCUCGAUGUCUGUCAUGCCAAUAGUCACAUUUACAGAGCAGCUUUGCUUUUAAUCGAAACAUUAACAUUUGCUCUGCACCGAGCAGGAGGCAUGGAAGGACACGAUCUGGGGCAGAAGCAGCCCGAUGCAUUAAUGCUUCCUUUAUCACCAAAUCAACUUGCUCGUCGUGCAGAGCGGUGUUUUCAGGGAGAUGAUUACCAUGACUUAGAUGAAGUGAUCUCCCUGCAUUACGAUGCACUGCACUACUACGACACUAUCCAAGGCCUGGACGAUGCCAUCACGCUGCUCAGGGAAGCGUCGUGUCACGCAUUUCGGCCCACGUCAUUAUUCAUCCUUGCGAAUGUGCUCCGUGCCCGCUUCCGGCACCGAGGCAAUUACCAGGACUUGGAUGAGGCUAUCACGCUUCACAGGGAAGCGCUGGCUUUACGUUCAGUCGGUCACGCAGAUCGGUCACUGUCAUUACAUAACCUUGCGAAUGCGCUCUCCACCCACUUCCGGCACCAAGACAAAAUCAAACGUGAUUAUCGGACAGCUGAUAUUUGGCCUACUUAA